AUGCGUCUUCCGGCCAGUCGGGCAUUCACUUCGCCCCGGGUGGCGCGACAUCGCGGGGCUGUUUUUGGUCACGCAGACAGGGCGCUUCCGCCGUAUUCCGCGCUUGCGCUCGGGAUGGAUGUGGUCGCCAGUGAGCCUCUAGCAAUUUCCAUGCAAUUUUUGCAGCAGGAACGUCUCCCUCCUUUUUUGGCCCUGACGCUUUUGACUCGCUGCUGGACAAAAUGGACGGUGACCUCCGCCGUAACACGGGCGCCAUGCGGACACGGCAGUGAUGAUGGCGGUGCCGCGGCCCUUGCAAUUCUACUUGCGGCCUCCGAGGACACUCUGCGGUCGUACGACAAAACGGAAGCGUGCGGGGAUCGGAACCGUUGCGAGCAUAUCUCACGACGGAGGCUGCGAGAAAAAGAGCGACUGUCAAAAGGGUCGAUGACGGUGGCAAAGGCAAAAGAUCGAAGUGGUUAUCAUCAUAUUGUGGAAAUUAUGCUGCGUUGUUGUGGGAAUCAUUUGACUGAAAAGACGCUUCUCUCAUUGAUGCAAUACGCUGUGCAAGUGGAAGAAUCUGAGGGAGCCGUUUUGACAGAACUUAUGGGAUUCCUGGCUUCCAUCACAAAUAGCGAUCAGAGGAGAUAUGAAGGCUGUUUGCGAGCAGUUCUUGCUGCAUCCCUUCCUAUUCACAUUGCCCCCAUCGUUCUUUCAAUUCUACGUAGAAAGGAGAUAAAUGUGGAUGUUGUGAAGCUGUGUCUACAUCAUUUGGCUAUUGUUGUUCGAGGACGUCAUACGGGUGCUCUUUCCGUCGAAUCAGCCAUGGGCGGGUUUCAUGAAUGCGCGGUGACGGCGCUUCGCUGGCUUUUGGGAGAAGCAAUCGAAGGGUAUGGCGAGCUGUACAUUCAAGUCAUGUCCUGUUUAAAGCAUGCCCCUGUGUUUUUACUUUGUGAAGUAUACAACACAAUGGAGGAGCACAAGCUGGUGACACCUUCCGUUCAAUGUAAGUUCCUUGCGAAUUGCGGCAUUACUGUUGCUGUUAGCAACACUGUACCUUGCGAGUGUAUUGAAGUGAUUAUUCGCGCUUUUCGCGCUCUGGUCAGAAGUGAUCGAGAGACACGGCACAUUGAGGAGGGCCUUGUGCAUGGUAGCGCUGUUCUUGUUAGUAUUCAUCGUGAAGAACUUGUCCGUGAAGCGUAUGCGGCACGUCCAACCCUCCGUGAAACACCACAUUCUGUUUUGGCCCAUGUACGGAACGGGGAUGUUUCACAGUCCCACCAGGCCCUCCUAAGAUUGGCGCAGUCACGUGAAGAGGGAUGGAUCAACAUUCCUUCACCUGCAAUGUUGGCGAUUCACGCUGUGUGUAGCCUUGUGGGUCGUUUGGGAGAUCCUGCUGACAUGAAUCCUUUGUACCGUGCUCUUGUAUCUUUUCGUAACCCCGGUAUGAUUAUAAGCCAAUGCAUUGAGUACGUCCUGGCCGGUAUUUGUGACCGUGUGGCACGCAUCGAUAAAGAAGUUCCCAAGGACGCAGCCCCUCGCAGUGUGUUAAACCUUGUGCUCCCAAUCUUGCGCACCGUGGCGUUGUACUUUGGUGAUGAAAUAAACACCGAUAUGAUUCUUGAACUGUUGGAAACCGCAGUGAGUUUGAGACACUUUGCCGUUCCACUGACAUCAUCUAUCCUAUGGAAUUUACAGCGAUCUUCCAGUUUGGCGCUGAAAGAACUGUUCUCUCGCGUGGAUCCCUCCACAAAUGGCAUUCCAUUCUUGAAUUACUACACUCUUUGCUUUGCCCGGGAUCAGGGCAAGAGGGAAACGGUGGAACAUCUGUCUACUGUUUGGCGCUGUGAUGCAGAUCCAAUUUUGAAACGGCAUGCCUUGCUGGCCCCACCCUACAAACUAUGGAAGUGUUCCUCAUGUGGUCGACUAAACAGUGAUCGAUUUAAUUAUUGCCUUUGUUCCGCUCUUCGAAACAGUUUUUUGGUCUGCUCCCGCUGUGGGCAUGCUCAGGAUGAGCGCUGGAAAUGCUGUCAGUCAUGCGGUGAAAGAAUGUGCGAGGAUUUCAUUGCGGCAGCUGUUGUGCGACGUUCAUGGACCUGCGACGGCUGUGGUGCGAACAACCCUGCACGUCAGACUUUUUUUUGCUUUCGCUGCAAGGCACCCAAUGGUCCUGUUGCCAAGUUAUUGCAAUCUUUGGAACGAAUAGAGAAGAAGCAUUGUUUUUGCCCUGGUAACAACGCGUUGGAUGCAAAAAAAUCUUUGGGGGAAUUGAUGCAGUAUUGUCGAAAAUGCGGUUGGCUUCGGGAAUCAUGGGCUGCUGCGAAUUCCAUUGUUUGGUGCUGUGAAGGAUGUGGAGAACUACGGAGUUCGUUGGACCGUGCAUGUCCUGACUGUCCGCAGGUAGAAUGCCUGCCUUUUGCGGUUGUGCGGAACAUCCGCGAUUCUCCUCUUUGCUCCGAUUGCCGUCUCCCUUCUGUCAAUCCCUUUGCAUCUCAAUGUCUUCGCUGUGAUGGUUCUCUGCAGCGUAACGCGUCGAGUGAAGAGAUGGUGGCUCGGAAAGCGACGAAAGGUGAUGGUCAAUUGGCUUUCCGUUGUUCAAAUUGCGAUGUUAUGGCUGUGGGCGAUGCGGCACACGUCUGUCAGGAAUGUGGAGAGGAUAUGCGUGAGUCUGAUUUCAUACACGUUGCUCCUCGCCACUGCGAAGGGUGUGGCAAAGACGUGGAGCCUUUGCAUAUUGAAGCCAUGUGCAUGCAUUGCACCACAUUUCUACCACCAGUAGAAAGGGAAGGCUGGAGUGUUCCUGUUGUGUGCGAGACGUUGAAGGGGCUUGUGCAGCUGUCGGAGCGUGAUGGGAUAAACGAGCGUUUGGUAACACUUCUUCAAGAACUGAUGUGCUCCUUUAAAACGCAUGUGGAGCUCAGAGUUAUGGAGGAAACCCAUGUUUUUGUAGCAGUAGAGCUCGGACGUCUACAAACUCGUCUGUUCAAAUUCAUUGCCUAUGACGCAAUGGCAAGACGUGCUAUUGCGUUGGCGAAACAACUUUUGGAACAUAUCGACACCAAAUGUGGGUUUCUCGGAACAAAACAUUUUUUGAAUGGACAGUGUCCAUACUGUCUUGGGACGCACCCGAAGGAAUUAUGUGUUCAUAACAAAGAGCCAUGGAUAUGUGAGGAGUGUGGCGCGGAAAACAAGAAUGCGGAUGUCUGUAGCUACGUGUGUCAGAAUUGUCUGUCCUUGCGCCCCUGCGUGCAGGAAAAGUGCCCGACCGACGCAUGGGAAUGUCUUCAAUGUCAGCGGGUAAACGUUGAAUUUGAGGCGUACUGCAUCUUCUGUGGAGUUCAGCGUGCUGCUGUGGAGAGUGCAGUCGAGGAGGCGGCUGAGGUUUGCCCAUUUGUUCCAGCCAAAUGUGCCACGUGUGCUCUCGUACACCUGGAGGCGCGGUGCCCACUUUGCCACAAUGACGUUCCGGAGUCAAUGAAAAAUGCAGAGGGGGUUGUGUGUAUGGUGACAAAUCGCUAUGCGUUUAUUCAGCCCUCUGGUACGGAACAUCCCAACCAACGAGUGUACGUCGGAGAGCCGUGGCUGCGGAAGCAUCAGUGGGCGAAGGGGGAAAAAGUCAUCUUCACAGCAAGAGUUAAUGAACGCGGUGGAUUUCGUGUGACAUCCAUCCGCUUUUAG